AUGGCGAAAUGGAGCGAAAAAGAAAAGAAAAGGGCCACAGCCAAAACCAGCCAUUUGAGACGGGCGGCGGCGGCAGCAGCAGCAGCAGCAGCAGCACCAGACAAGCAGAGACCAAAGGCCGAGAGACAAGGCCAGACGACCAAGCGACUGACAGCGACGUUUUGCUUGAUUGCAUUUGCAGCCCUGCAGCAGCCAAUUGACGCCCUGACGCCCGUCUCUCCCAUCGAAAUUGUGCCUGAUUUCUGCCUUGAAAUUCUGCGCUCGCUUCACCUCUGCUCAGCCAGCUUGCAGGUCCGCUCUUUGCUUGCUCGUCGUCGUCGUCAUCCAUUGAAUGCCUGCUCCGACCUUUCGUCUCCAUCGAGCAUCAGCCAUCCUCCUUCUACUUUCUCUUUCUUGCUAUCAUCUACCGGCAUCGCAAAUGCCCGUCGAAGAACGCUCUCCUUUGUUCACCGGCAUCUGACCCAAGUUGUUUGUCUUGGUACAUCGCUUUCUAUCAACCGCGCCCCUUUCGACUCAGCUCGACCUGGCCCGCCUCUUCUCGCAAACAACACUCUUCGACAGUCGCGCCGUCAAUCUACUAUCUCGUCUGCAAGCAAACAUCCAUUCACUCAUCCAUCCAUCAGUGCAACUAUCUAUCUUUUCGAGCAACUGCAUACCAUACGCCAACGUCUGCAACAGCAUCACCUUCCGCCACCAAAGCGUUGUUCGUUCCAGUCACAUUUUGCUUCUACCAAGCGCCUCUAUCGCCAUCGUAUCAGUACCAUCGCACGGUCUCAACCUUCGAGUAGUAGGCUUACUCGGCUGAACCGGCCCAUUGCAUCAGAGUCUGGCCAUUCUGUCUCACCAGCUGCAGUUUGCUCUGGAAGCGCCUACGAGCCGUUCACACGCUGCAUCACAUUUCUCCUACAAUCAACAUACCACCCUAGCUUCUGGAUCUUUGUUCAAGCCGGUCAGCGACGUUCUGCGACGGUCUAUCCAUCUGUUCGAGCCAGCUGUCAGUGCACGCCCGACAGCAACUCCUGCAUCGCUCACAAGCGCAUACUUCAAAUUCAGUCCGUCGACUUGCCUAGCGCUCUUCACGACCGGCACUAG